UUAAGGACCACAAACAGGCCCGAGUUCCAGCGUUUGGAAACCAAAGACGUACAGCCUAUGGUGCUAUUUCUGUCUAUAUAUGCACCCAGCAAGGAGCUGGAAACUAACUUCACUGUCUCCUGCGCGGACGGACAGCUGAAGUUGCCAAUCAGUCUGUGUGGUGCUGCGCCCCUAGGGGCCAAUCCGCCAAUCCUGCACUAAUGGGGCCUGGAGACAAGAAUAGCCUCAGCUGUGUGUGUGUGUGUGUGUGAGUGUGUGUGAGUGAGUGAGUGAUCUCAGUGCCCCGUUCUCGGUGCGCUCUAAUAAUAGAGGAGACUGCCUGCUCCUUUAAGAGCCUACUUGUUGCAUACUCUACAAAAUAUAUUUUAACAAAAUGGUCAUCAAAGUAUUUCUCGCCUCUUCAUCGGGAUCCACAGCGAUCAAGAAGAAGCAGCAAGAUGUGGUCGGCUUCCUGGAGGCUCUUAAAGUGGACUACACUCAGCUUGACAUCGCCUGCAAUGAGGAGAACCGAAUGUGGAUGAGGCAGAAUGUUCCCGUGGAGAAGAAGCCCACCAACGGCAUCCCCCUGCCCCCUCAGAUCUUCAAUGAAGACAACUACUGUGGGGACUAUGAAACAUUCUUCAAUGCCAAGGAGGACAAUUCAGUGUAUGAAUUCCUGGGGCUGCCACCUCCUCCUGGGUCAAAGGAGGCAGUACAGGCCGAAAAGGCGCACAUUGUGGAGAAUGGGACCCAUGCAGAGGAAACUAAUGCAGAUGGGGACCCCGAUGAAUCAAUAGUUCCAGUGGAGGAGCGUAAUGGAGAUGCACAUGGAGAGGAGGAGCAGGCACAGGCAGCUGAUGAGGAGGAAGGUGAGGGUGGCGAGGAGGAUGAGGUAGCAGAGGGAGAGACUGCAGAUGAUGAAGCCAUGGAAGAAAACACAGCGGGAGAUGAGGCGCCCGCAGAGGAUGAGGAGGCAGUGGAAGAAACAGAUGAGAUCACGGAAGACACACAGGCCCAUGCAGAGGAGGAAGAAGAGCAGGAAGAAGCUGAUGAUGACAGGGAGGAAGAAGAGCUACGACAGCUUGAGGAAGAAGAAGAGGCUGAAGUACAAGAGGAAGAAGAAGAUGUAGAAGAAACACAGGAGGAAGAGGCUGAGUAAUUAAAGGCAAGCGAUGGCAGUGAUGUUGACUUCCUGCUAUUCAGCCUGAAGAAGCCUCCUGUUCUGUGUCUCUCUGACCCCCGAUGCUUGACCUUCUCAGCCCCAUCAGACAUCCCCUUCACACGUCCCUGAGGCCGCACUGAACCCUGCUGGAAACCAUCGGUCAUGUGCUGAAAGGCUCCAUCCAAACUGAAAAACCGCCCACGCACAUCUGCCCCAUCCCUUUCCCUUUUGACUGCAAUGUUGACUUAAUUUUUAUAUUUUGCUAAUAGAGACAUACUGUAAUGAAAAUGCGUGGAGUAGUCUAAUGGUGUCAGUUUGUUUUUAAUGAGUAGCUUUUGUAAAAUACAAAACUGUUCUUUUGUUAAUCUCAUACUUUAGAAAUUCUAGUUUUCUAACCCAAAGAUGCAGUGACCUUUUCAAAAAUAUGUUACCUUGGCAUACCUUUGCUUGUGUCCUCCACAUCAGAUUCAAAGAUUCAGACCUCACUCUCUAGUAUGUGUUCUGUCCUUUUAUCCCAGUUUUACCAGUGUUGAGCCUUGAUGGCUCCUUUUAUCAACUGAAUAUAUAAAUGCAAACUAAGACUUCUAAUGGCUACAUGAGAAAAACAGUGCACACACACACUGCAGACUGCAAACUGUAGCUACUUCUGCCAAUACUUCUGUCUAAUCAAUGCACUUUGUUGAAUGAAACAUGUGUGAAACAUGUGACUAAGACUUAGAUGGAAUGAAAAAUGCAAUAAAGUAAACUGGUAUAAAA